AUGCAGCUUCCAGCCCGGAGAGCAGCAGCUGCUCCUCCGUCAGACGUGACGUCGCUGCACCCCCGCUGAAAAACUUCACUCGGACCAAGUUUUCUAUGAAGGGAAGAAACAGCGAGGAGCUCUAAACUACUCUCUGUGAACAGGAGCCUCGGAAUGUGUGGACAUUUGCACUUCGACAUUGCAUCCUGCCGUCGAAAUGUUCAUACAGUUGUUUCGUUUCGUCGACUCCGUGGCUGUUGUGGCGACUAUUUGUGCAACUGUGUUGUUGGCGAAAAGCUGCUUGUGUGUCACCGAGGAAGACGAUGAGUAUGUCCUGGAGAAAGAGCAACUCGAAGAGUAUUACAAAAAGGGUCUGUUCAUCCUUCAGAGUGAGCCACAACUUCGCUGCAUCAAAGCAGGCCGCUCUUAUCUGGUGGUGGAGGACUGCGAGCGGCCCACGCGCAGCAUGCUGUGGAAGUGGGUCUCCCAACAUCGCCUCUUCAAUCUGGGCACCAGCAUGUGCCUGGGCCUCAACAUUUCAGACAGUACGCAGCCUCUCAGCAUGUUCGAGUGUGACCUCAGCCUCCCCGUGCUGUGGUGGCGCUGCGCCGGACACGCUUUGAAAGGAGCAUUAAAUUGGAAGUUGUCUGUGACGGGACGUUCGGUGGUUGUAACCAAAAAUUCAUAUCAUCUCUUUAAAAGGUAUGGCACUCCCAAAGAGGGGCCCUGCUCACGUCCAUAUGAAGAAAUCCACACUUUAUUGGGAAAUGCACAUGGCAUGCCUUGUGCUUUGCCCUUUAAAUACAACAACAAAUGGUACUAUGAGUGCACGACUGAGGGGCGUGAAGACCAUCUUCCAUGGUGCUCUACAACCACUCGCUACGAUGAGGCAGAGAGAUGGGGCUUCUGUCCUGUGCAAGAUUUCAGUUGCGAGCGAUUCUGGGAGUCAAACCAGGAGCUGCGGGCAUGCUACCAGUUCAACCUGUACACCAUCCUCACCUGGAGCCAGGCUCUGUCCACCUGCCAGGCUCAGGGGGGAAAUCUGCUCAGUGUUACCAGCCUGGCCGAGCAAAGGUACAUCAGAGAUCGACUGGCUGGUGUUGGAGCAAUGGUGUGGAUUGGACUGAACCAUCUGAAAGGUGGCCGGGGAUGGCAGUGGUCUGAUGGAGCCCCUCUCUCAUUGGUUAAUUUCACCACAGCGCUCCCUGCCAGCCCGCUUAAGGACAACAAACAGUGUGGAGUUUACAACUCGGCCUACGAGGGUCACUGGCAGAGCCUGACCUGUGAGUCUGCUCUUCCUUACAUCUGUAAGAAGACGCCCAACGACACCCACAGAGCUGAGCCAUUAGAGAACUGGCAGUAUGUUCAUACAGAGUGUGCUGACGGCUGGUGGCCUCAUAAUGGUUUCUGCUACCAGCUGCGGACAGACAUGGAAGCAGGGAGCUGGGAGGAGUCGGCUCGGGCCUGUGGCUCUCAGGAGGCAAACCUCACCAGCAUCCGAUCCUUGUCUGAGCUGGAGAUGCUGCUAAACCUCCUCGCUAACUAUUCUGGGGAGAGUACAGAAGUAUGGAUCGGUCUUUGGAAACAGGCAUUGUCACCGACUGUAGAGUGGUCUGAUGGCUCUCCAGUUACUCUCACUUUCUGGCACCAGUAUCACCCCCCUCACAACCUGUCAGAUGCAACACUCUGUGUGAAAGCUGAUAAAAAGGAAGGAACCUGGCUUUUAGCUUCAUGUGAUGAACGGUUGCCUGCUGUAUGCCGAAGAAAAAGCCAGAAUCCAAUUCUCCAUCCUGGAUCCUGGGAUGAGGGUUGUCCUGAAGGUUGGAAGCGACACGGUCACUCCUGCUACACAGUUACGAGUCAUGAACAGAGCUUUGACGAUGCAUUGAUGGAGUAUUACUGCCAAGCCCCUCUACUUACAAUAGAGAACAGAUUUGAGCAGGCAUUUGUAAACAGUCUGCUGGAUGCAAACGGUGCAGACAGCAGCAAGUACUACUGGAUCAGAAUGGUGGACCUGCAUGAGGAUAAAGAGUAUGGAUGGCUUCCUCACAACAACACUCAUAUUCCUGUCACCUUCACUAAUUGGAACAAACACCAACCAGUCAGUUCUGAAGGCUGUGUUGCAAUGUCAGGUGGCCCUGCUUUGGGUCAGUGGGAGGUGAAAGACUGCAAAACCCAGAAGGCCUUCUCAGUCUGCAAGCAAAACAUCAACAAUUACCAGAGUGUGACACUGCCAGAGCACCACAUCGAUGCCUUCGCCCCCUGUCCUCCAGGAUGGGAAUCACACUCUGGGCUGUAUGACUGUUUUAAGGUUUUCCAUGAUGAGAAAGUCCUGAUGAAGCGUUCCUGGGUGGAGGCAGACUUCUUUUGCCAAGCCCUCGGGGCUCAGCUUGCCAGUUUCUACCACUAUGAGGAGCAGGUGUUUGUCAAGCAGCUCCUCAGCACCAUGUUUGAAGGAACUGAGGCUCGCUGGUUCUGGAUGGGUCUAAAUAAGAGAGACCCUGAGGAUCCUGGAGCCUGGGAGUGGUCAGAUAGUACCCCUGUGAUGACGUCGUUCAUAGAGGAUAAAAACGAGGAGGAUGACAGGAGGGACUGUGCCGUGUACAGUGACCUCACCAACACUCUUAUGCCGCAGCCCUGCGACGCCAAACACGAGUGGAUCUGCAAGCUAGCCAGAGGUUAUGAGCUGAUAAAACCCUACUGGUACACUGAGCAGAGUGAGCCCUGGGUGUUUUACCGUGGAGCUGAGUACCUGCUGGCAAAGCAGCCCUUCGACUGGGAUGCCGUCUCUCUGGCCUGUCAGAUGAUGGGAGCACACCUUCUGUCCAUUCACUCCAGAGAGGAGCUGCGCUUCAUCAAAGAGCGCCUGAAGCGGCUCUCCCUCGGCCCGACUGACUGGUGGAUCGGCCUCUCUAUCCCGCAACCUGGAGAGGAGGUCAGGUGGAGCGACCACACAGAUGUUGACUUUCAGAACUGGGCGGAGGGAAGUGACCCAAGAAAAGCUGGGUUAUGCGUCACCAUGUCGUCUUCAACAGGGAGAUGGUCGACCAGUAAGUGUGGUGAUCUCCACGGAUAUGUGUGCAAGAGAAAGACGGUGUCUGUGGUGGAGACUCCCAGGGAGCCACACUACAUCGGACGAUGUCCAGACAAGUGGCUCUACUUUGGUCACAAGUGUCUCCUGCUUCACCUCGUUGAUAACCCAAAGGAGGGAAAGAGCUGGAAAGAUGCUCAUUCCAUCUGCACGUCAUUCGAAGGUUCGCUGAUCGCUAUAGAAGAUGAGAUAGAACAAGCCUACAUCACUAUGUUGCUGCAGGGGAGCUCUGUAGGUGUGUGGAUUGGUCUGUCGAAUGACGACACACUGAGAUGGACCAAUGGAAAAACAGUGAGCUACACCAACUGGUCUCCAGUUGAACCAAAGAGCUACAUCACUGAGGAGGAGUGGCUCAGUGGAUUUGUGGGAGAGACGACGUGCACAGUUCUAUCCAACAAUCACAACUUCCACCUGACAGGGAAGUGGUACGAUGAGAGGUGUGAUGAGAGCAGCUAUGGAUUUGUUUGUCAAAAACCUCAAGAUAUUUCCAAACCUCCUGCCCACUCUUCUCAGCUCCCCCUGCCUGACAACAUUGAGUACAGGAGCCGCACCUACAAGGUUGUGUCUGGCAACAUGAGCUGGUACGACGCCAUGCAUAUGUGCAUAGAGAGCGACUCUGACCUAGUGAGCAUUACAGACGCAUACCACCAGGCUUUCCUCACUGUCCUCGUCAACAGAUUGGCAGUCCCCCACUGGAUCGGACUCUACAGUCAAGACAGUGGCAUCAACUAUCAGUGGACAGAUGGCAGUGACACCGUGUACACACACUGGGAUUCAACCGAUAAUGACUUUGUGAACGGAGAGUGUGUGUACAUGGAUGUGAGCGGAGGCUGGCGUAGAGCUGACUGUGAAACUCCGCUGUCUGGAGCCCUGUGUCAUAUCCCCCCUCCAAGCAGCAAACCAUUUGUCUCAUAUGAAUUUGUGUGUCCCUCCACAUGGGUGAAAUUUCGACAUGGCUGUUACAACUUUGAGCCGGUGGUGCAGAAACUGACAUUUGAGGAAGCCAGAGAGCACUGCAGACAGAGAGUCAACACAUCAGAUGUCCUAACCAUCGAGAGUGAGGUGGAGAACCGGUUUGUUCUUGAGCAGCUCUGGUCGUUGGGAUACCGUCACCAGUCUGUGUGGUUGGGGAUGUACUUCAACAUAGACACUGACUCUUUGUCCUGGGUGGACGGUUCAGCUAUGGACUACACCAGCUGGCCUAACAAGGCCCCAGACUCCAAGCUGCUGACUGCAGACGCCUGUGUCACGACCAGAGUGGUUGAUGGUUUGUGGCACUUGUUACAGUGUGAUGAGCGACUCGGCUUCAUCUGCAAAACCAUCUCUGAAGAAGUUCCUGAGGUGGAAGUGGAACCAAUAACCAGUCUACAUAGUGGAAUAAUUGCGGCUGCGGUGCUGGUGGCCGUGCUGAUCUUUGCCCUGCUGGCAGGAGCGACGUGGUUCGUAUACAAAAGGAAUGCUUCACGUUUUCGGAGGCUUCCAACUCUUGGAAACGCUUAUUACAGACAAACCAGCUCGCAGGCGACUGACUCGGAUGGAAAUGUGCUGAUCACAGACCUGGAGGCUCACUCAGGGGACUAGCACUUAACUGCUUGUGUUUUUUUAAGGUUUCUCACCGUUUUACCGUCAGGUACGAAAGCCACAUGGUACUGUCAAGCUGUGGCGCUGACUCCUCAGGACUGUGGUGAGAUAAUGAAGGCAAACGGUUCUGUCGGGUUUUUUUCUCCAAGUCAUUCAAAUGUUUUUAAUGAGAUGGAUGUUUGUGAAGAUGUUUUUGGUGGGACACUGAGAGCCUAAUUCAGUUUGUACACUAACAAAGUUCUCAUAAAUGGGGUUGAAGAGGGGUUGAUAAAAAAGAGGUAUAGGAUACUUGAUAUUUGACAUGAUGCUGUGGUACGAGGAUCUGCUGAAUAAUUAUUGUCAUAAUGAGUAAGCAAAUUGAUAAGAACAGUUGAAAAUGGAGUGAUAUUUUUAUUUUAUCUUAUGAGUUUUGACUCCAGAAUCAGGAGCUGUUACAGCUGCACAUGUGAUGCAGCCUUUUUGUCAGUAUUACUUUUGCAUUAUUAUUAUUUUUUUAAGUAUAAAUGCUGUAAAUUGGUACCAGAAGGAAUUUCCCCCUUGUAUGUUUGUAACUAACAGAAUAUUUGACAGGCUUUAACUAAGGAUUGUUAUAUUUGCUAAUACAAAGGGUAUUUUAGAUGUUUUUUUGCACAAAGUAGCUUGUGUUUUAAUAAAUCAA